GUAGGUAGGUAGGUAGGUAGGUAGGUAGGUAUUUAUUGAGCCCGUUGCCCCUGUUCUGCCGUCUCGUCGUCGAGGUAAGCAGGUAAUCCUUUUGUAAAGACCAACAGGUCAAGUUAUCACGUAUACACAAUAGACUCCUCUUCAAUUUACACUACCCGCGUUCGUAACACAGUGUUCCGUAUUCUAAAAAGCCAUAUAUACUCUGAUUCUCUUCAUGGAGUUUCCCAAAAUCGUCGCCUUGGACCUUGACAACACGUUUUGGAGCGGGUGGCUUAACGAGCACGAGUUGGGCAAAAACGGAUGGGUGGGAAAUAAGAUUGAAGAUAAUCUGGAGAUUGUGCAGAAUCGGAUAAUCAGGGAUACGUGGAACCACUUGAAAUGGGUCAAGGUGUCGGAUCAUAUCUUCUCCAUCAUCAGUGACCUGAUCUGGAACCAAGUUUCGAUCGCUAUUGUCUCAAGAAACAGUAACAAGGACUUAUGUGACCGGGCACUGUGGCUGUUCCAGGUUGAAGAUCCAUGGACGCUGGAGACGAGUUCGUUGACGAAGUAUAUAAAAUACGACGAGAUCAUUGAUCAAUCGAAACAAGAGCAUUUCCAACGAAUAAAGGACUGGAGCGGCGUCGAGUAUCAUGACAUGAUCCUAUUCGACGAUGAACCGCGCAACAGCGAAGUAGAGCUAUGGCAAGGCGUCACCUUCCACAAGGUCCAUGACCCGUCCGUCGGCCUAACCUGGCAAGACUACCAGCGAGGCCUGCGAACCUGGCGCCGGAACAACCGCAUACGACGCCCCAUGCCCGGCGCAGGCCCGGAUCCGCUGCCCAACCGGAAGCACAUCGGCUACGUCGGCACGGACUAUGCCGCCGGUGAGCGAUACAGACAGGGCCUACGACGGCUCAGGAGUAAUCGCCCGUCACGGUGGGGGUGGGGGAUGUAUGUGACGGAUAAUCCGAGGAUCGCAACCGCCUUCGCGAAAUGGGGUCGCGAAAACGACCCGCCCACGAAUCACUGGUUUUGUCCCGUCUUCGUGCGAGACUUUGUGGAGUUUUGUUGGAUGGAUAAGGUCUGGGUAAAAGAAACCGGCGUGAUCCGACAAACCGACAACCUGCACAACUCCGACCAGCGCAUCGCCGAAGUGCAACUCGAGCGGGACCGGCAAAUCGCCUCUGCCUUCGGGGUGUCCAAGCCGUAUAUCCUAUUUUCCAAGCACCACUACAUGUCGAAUCUCAGGCAUCAUCGCGGCGGGGGCGGGGGCGGCGGGGGUGUCAUAACCACAGCAGGAGCAGGAGCAGGAGUAGGGGGCAUCACGCCGGGCACGCGCUUCAACGAGAUGGUGGUGUACCCGCAGGUGCAGGACGCGCUGUUCUACGGGACGCCGAUCCCGCUCGCGCGGGUGGCGCAGGCGGGGGCGACGUUCGCGGACUUGAGGUACCACAAUCAGAUCCGCGCGUGGAAUAUCAAGGCGAACACGGAGACGUAUGGGGACUUUCGCGCGCAUGGGGAGCCGUUUAUGUGAGUACCUACACUAGAAUGGGUUGGCACCCUUUGUCCGAAACUCAGGCCAGCAAGCAAGCAAGUCGAUGAGAUACGGGAGAGCCUUUGUCCUCUGAGGCCGGUAUUGGAGUCAGCGAAAGAGGCUCUAUUCAUGGUAGUCUAUGUAACUUAAGCUCGAUGUGAUUAUCCCUACAUAUAUAAAUACCUUAUAUACCUAAUCUGUAAGGCUGAGUCGUAAAGCUUGCCUAGAGUAUCGCAUCGCAUACUAGGUACCUACUAGACAACUAAUCUAAUUCCAGAAAGCGUUUCGCGAUAAACUUGAAGCCAACUAGUUAUACGAUCUAACUUAGACUAGAUUCAC